AAAUUUUUCAAAGAAGAAGAAGAACAUCAAGCCGGAAUGCAGGGAAUUCUUUAGAUAAAUUUGUCAACGUUUGCUAGGAUUUUCUCGGAUUUUUGCAUUAAAUAAUAGAAAACAACAGAUAUGGCAGAUAAGGCGCAGGAACAAAGUAUUAUGGACAAGUCCAUGCGGUCGGUUUUUGUGGGGAACAUACCCUACGAGGCCACCGAGGAGAAGCUGAAGGAGAUUUUCAGCGAAGUGGGCCCGGUUUUGUCACUGAAACUGGUCUUCGAUCGGGAAAGCGGCAAACCCAAGGGCUUUGGCUUCUGCGAGUACAAGGACCAGGAGACGGCUUUAAGUGCCAUGCGGAAUCUGAAUGGCUAUGAGAUCGGCGGCAGAACACUGCGGGUGGACAACGCCUGUACUGAGAAGUCGCGUAUGGAGAUGCAGCAGCUGCUUCAGGGACCCCAAGUGGAAAAUCCCUAUGGCGAGCCCUGCGAGCCGGAGGAUGCGCCCGAGCUCAUCACCAAAACUGUGGCAUCCCUGCCGCCGGAGCAAAUGUACGAGCUGAUGAAGCAGAUGAAGCUCUGCAUCGUGAGCAAUCCUUCGGAGGCACGCCAGAUGCUCAUGCUCAAUCCUCAGUUGGCCUACGCUUUGCUCCAGGCCAUGGUGGUUAUGAGGAUCGUAGAUCCGCAACAGGCGCUUGGCAUGCUCUUCAAGGCCAACCAAAUGCCUCCCGUUUUGGGUGGAAAUCCGCACCAGGGGCCAGGGAACCACUCCAUGAUGGGACAACAGCAGGUUCCGCAGCAGCAGGUGCAGAUUCCGCAGCAACAGCAGCAGGCUCCUCAGCCUCCAAUGCCCGUCCCCGGACCUGGCUUCCCACCCAAUGUCCAUCCAAACGAUAUCGAUUUGCGCAUGGUGCCCGGCGGACCCAUGCCGAUGGAUCCCAGGAUGAUGGGACGAGGCAUGGACCAGGAUUUGCGUGGUUCUAUGCCCAAUCCAGUGCCUCCGCCACUGAUGGAUCCGAGAACUCGUGCCCAGAUGCCCCCACAGCAGCAGGCGCAGGCGCCACCGGCCCCCUAUCCCAGCGAUCCUCGCCAGCGUCCCAUGGAUCCCAGGUUAAGGGCAGGACCUGGGCCUCAGCAGCAGGCACCGCCACAAGGCAUUCCCCAAGCACCGCCACCAACACAACAACAACAGGCGGCCGCUCAGCAGUUACAGAGCAGACUUGGCGCGCAUGGAGUCCUGCCCUCGGAUGCCUCCGACCAGGAGAAGGCUGCCCUUAUCAUGCAGGUGCUGCAGCUGUCCGACGAGCAGAUUGCCCAGCUGCCCUCCGAGCAACGGGCCAGUAUCCUCAUGCUCAAGGAGCAGAUUGCCAAGAGCACUCAGCGCUAAAUCUUCUCCGGCUAACUCUAUUGGAAAAUCACUAUUUCGAUCAUGCUUUCUAUAGUACAUUCAAUAUGAAUCAAUUAAUAAAAAGAACAUUUUCACGCAA